GCAAGUGCGCUCGGAGGAAUGCAGCGCCGCGUCAUGAGCUCGAGCACAGCAGGGUAACCACCGCGGGAGGAUGAUCGAUGGAUGGGUUUCGCCCCCUGCCCUUGCGCUGAAGAGGGCACGAACGCACCUCCUCCUUCAGAAGCAGACGCUGCUGCUUCCCCUCACUCGCUCUGUCAUUUCCCAACAGGCCUUUUCGUUUUCCACCAGCACCCGCUUCUGCGGUCCACACGCACCUUCCAGCUCCCAGAGUUGCGCAAUCGCGCGAACGCCCUCGUUUUAAGCGCGUGUGUCACCCGCUGCGAGUCACAGUCGGUCACCGCGCGUGUGAGAGAGACGCGAUCAUGGGCACGCGGCGGUGCGGGUGCGGGUCCGUGUCCCUGGUCCUUCUCGGCGUGGCGCUGAAGGUGUCCCUGGGCGCCGUCAGGGAGUUCCACAUGGCGGCCGUGGAGCUCGGCUGGGACUACCUGCACACCAAGAACCUGGAGCUGCAGCCGGAGCCCAGGCAAGCUCCACAGUCCAAGGACGCCACACAGCAGUACAUGAAGGCCGUUUACUGGGAGUACACGGACUCUACCUUCUCCACACCUAAACCCAAAGCUCCCUGGACUGGUAUUUUAGGUCCAACCAUAAGAGCUGAGGUGAAUGACAAGGUUGUGGUACAUUUUAAAAAUUUUGCCUCCCAGCCCUACAGUGUACAUCCUGUUGGUAUAUCUUACUGGAAGCAAUCAGAGGGAGCUGGGUAUGACGAUGCCACAUCUAGUCAGGAGAAGGAAGAUGACGCAGUCGCCCCCGGUGGCUCCUACCGCUACGUGUGGGACAUUCAGCCAGCCAGUGGCCCCACCUUGACUGAUCCUGAAUGCCUCACGUACUCCUACUCUUCCCAAGUAGACAUCAUCAGGGAUUUGAACUCAGGCCUUAUUGGUGCUCUUCUCAUCUGUAAAGCAGGAGCCCUUGGAAAUGACGGCCACCAAAAGGUCCCAGUAUACAUCCUGCUUUUUGCUGUGUUUGAUGAGGCAAGGAGCUGGUAUGGAGAAUCAAGGAUGGCACGGGAAAACCUCCAGAAGUCUAGAGUGAAAAAGGUGUUCCACACCAUCAAUGGAUAUGUCAACUCAACUUUACCAGGUUUGAAGCUGUGCCAGAAAACCAGCGUGUUCUGGCAUCUAAUCGGAAUGGGCUCCUCUUCGGAAAUCCACUCUAUCCGGUUCCAGGAUCACACACUACAGGUGCACAACCAUAGGAAGGUGCUUGUGGAGGUGACGCCCAUGUCAUUUGCCACGGCCGAGAUGAAGCCUGUGGCUCCUGGGAAGUUUCUCAUCUCCUGUCAGAUUCACUCUCAUCAGAUUGCUGGCAUGAAUGCUCACUUCACCGUGGACAACUGCCCAGAGCCAGCGGAGAUGAGAGACAAAAAAAAUGCCAUCCACACAGACGACUACGAGUACGACAUCACCUUGGAGGGACUGGUCUCCACCAUGGUGAUGAACUCAGGCCCGAAUGUCCGUUCCUCCGUGAAGCUGAAGCCCAAGGUGUGGGAACAUUACAUUGCCGCAGAAGAGGUUGUGUGGGAUUACGCACCAGAGCUCAGUGGAAGCGAAAGCACAUCAGACUAUGUAGUUCGUGGCCCACAACGCAUUGGGAAGGUAUACAAGAAAGCAGCAUAUGUUGAAUACACAGACAAAACCUUCAGGGUCCGGAAAACAACAGAAAAAAGUCUGAUGGGGCCUGUGUUACGAGGAGAGGUGGAGGACAAAUUGAAGAUAGUGUUUAAAAAUUUAGCGAGUGUGCCUUUCAACAUUUACCCCACUGGCCUUGCCAGCAUCUCUUUCCUUGGAAACCCAGCUUCACUUAAGGGGAAGGACCUGAAGAACAAUGGGGUGAUACCCAACGAGACGGCCGUGUACAUGUGGACAAUCACAGCGGAGGAUGGGCCCACCAAGGCGGAUCCGCGAUGCUUGACACGCCUUUACCAGAGCACUGUCAACCCAGAACGAGACCUGGCCUCAGGCCUUGUGGGCCAUCUCAUUGUGUGCUACAGGAAGACGCUGGACAAAAGAGGCAAUGUGCUAAUGUCGGACAGGGAGAGGCAUUUAACAUUUGCAGUAUUUGACGAAAACAAAAGCUGGUAUAUUGAGGAAAAUAUCCAGAAGUACACUAAGGAUCCAUCCAAAGUAGAUCCCAAUGAUCCUAGUUUCUACAAGUCCAAUGUGAUGUACAAUGUUAAUGGGUUAAUGUACAACAACUUGAACUUCAUGACUUGUCUGGGAGAUGUCACGUUAUGGCAUGUGCUGAAUGUGGGGACCCAGAGCAACUUCCUGUCAGUCUACUUUAUGGGAAACACCUUCGAGCGAGACAAGAUGUAUGAAACAGUUCUCACUCUCUUCCCCAUGAGCGGAGAGACUGUCAGCAUGGAAAUGGAGACUGCUGGGGAAUGGGAAAUCACUGCUUUUGACAGCAAAAUUAAAAAGCGAGGCAUGAGCGCCAGGUACACAGUGCAGCACUGUGAGAGGAAUGCCUUGGUGGACGAAGAGGACUAUUACGACUAUCUGGAAAACAACAUUGUACGCAGUUCUGGAAGCAGGAGGAACAGGACGUUGGCUGUCAAGCUGUGUAAAAGGCCAAAAAAGAAUAACGUAGUGAACUCUGUGGGAAACGCCACUGUGGUGGGCCCUGAGAAGCCAGUCUGUGUGGUCAAGUACAUCACACUCACCAAAGAUGACAAGGAGGAAGACUUCUCAGACAAUGAUAUCCCCGAGGAAGUCCUGCUGGAACUGGAAAAGGAGAAUGUCCCAGUGACACCGCGCAAAAAUAUUACUCGUGGCAGUUUUCUUGCUGGUCUGUUAAGGCCAGUGGUGAACAGCACUUCCCUGUCCGAGUCUGGUAACGUCCUUGGGAAGCAGUGUGGAUCCACCUGCCAGCAAAGGAGGAAGAAAAGAGCCUUGGCGAUCCCUGUACAGGAGAGUGUUACGACUACCCCCCACAGUCCUACGACCCAUUCCAAACAAAGUGAAGACAUGGAGAAACAAAAGGACUACGUCAGCAGCCGAGUUCCUGAUGCAGUGCUACCUGGGCCCACCAGGGAGGAAAGUGGACAGCAGAACCAAAAUAACGGAGGCCAUGUUACAGAGGGAGAUGCUCUGGACAGAAACUUGAAGGAACAACUCGACAGGCCUGACUCAUUUUUGGCUAUGGCUACAAGUUACCACAGGAUAGGUCAUGCUGUUACACCACAAUCCAUUUUGGAAGCUAAAGCACAUGACAGGCCAAAAGUAAACCGGCUACAGAGGCAAACCUCACACUCACAGCAGGAGAACCCAACACUGAAGUACAAUUUUCUACCGGAGAAGGAAGAUUCGAUCCAAACCAACAAUGUUCGACGCAGUCUGAGGCAUGUCAUCUUUAAUAAAAAAGACCUCAGCAAAGCAUCUUUGGACCUUCAAGAGUUGGAUCUUGAGGCAAGAGGGCUGAAUGUCAGCAACUCCACUCUCAACAAGCUGCCACAAGAGUAUGACUAUUAUACCGAUGAAGAGAAUGAAACCUCCACAACGUCUGACUUGAUUGACAAUCUAGAUCUCCGUUCCACUGAAGGGAAGUACCGCAGUUACUACAUUGCUGCAGAAGAAAUCAUGUGGGAUUAUGGCUUGACGAAACCACAGCAACUUUUCAAACCAAAAGAAAUGCGGAAAGGAAUGAGAAAAUAUCUUCCAAAGUAUAAGAAAGUGGUGUUCCGUGCCUACCUAGACCAGGACUUCAAGUAUCCAGCAUCACGAGGAGAACUGGAAGAGCACCUUGGAAUCAUGGGACCUGUGAUUAAAGCGGAGAUCAAUGACUUUCUCACCGUGACCUUUAAGAAUCUUGCUUCUAGGCCAUUCUCUUUCCAUUUGCAUGGGGUUUUCGAUAGAAGUCAGGGGCAAGAGUUUGGAGAAACCCUUGGAGAGGCAGUGCAGCCACAAGAGGUCCGUGUGUACAACUGGAAGAUCACAAAGAGACAAGGUCCCUCCCCUAGAGACUUUAACUGCAAGGCCUGGACUUACUACUCCACCCUUAACAUGGAAAAGGAUAUCAACUCUGGCCUCAUUGGCCCCUUAAUUGUCUGCAAGCCUGGAACACUUAAUAACCUUGAUCUUGACAUCCAGGAGUUUUACCUCCUUUUCAACGUGUUUGACGAAACCAAGAGCUGGUACUUUGAUGAAAACAUAAAAGAAUUCUGUACACCGCCUUGCCAGUUCAACAAAGAUGACCCCUGGUUAGAAAUUGGGAAUAAGUUUGCUGCAAUCAAUGGCUAUGUGGCAGAGACUCUUCCCGGCCUGUUGGUUCCGCAACAUCACCUUGUCCACUGGCACCUGCUGAACAUGGGUGGUGAUGGGGAGUUCCAUGCUGUACACUUUCACGGUCUUCCUUUCACUGUGCGCAGUGACCAGGAGCACCGCAUGGGUGUUUACAGGCUCUACCCUGGAGUUUUUGGGACUGUAGAGAUGAGGCCAGCAAUGGUAGGCACCUGGAUGGUGGAGUGUUCUAUUGGAGAUCAUCAGCUAUCUGGAAUGAGAGCCAAACUCCUGGUCUACAGUCCAACAUGCAGUGAACAAUUAGGGAUGCGGACAGGAAGGAUUACAGAUAGUCAGAUCACGGACUCAGAUCAUUACGGCGACUGGGAGGCCAGGUUGGCAAGGCUGGAGCUGUCGGGCUCAAUCAACGCCUGGAGCGGCUUGAACAACAUCUCCUGGAUUCAGGUGGAUCUUCAGAGGCCAAUGCUGGUCCAUGAGAUCCGAACACAGGGAGCAUCACAUCGAUUCUCGGAGAGCUUUGUGUUGAGGUUCACCCUUUCGUACAGCCUAGACAACUUGGUCUGGAAAACAUACAAAGGGAACAGCACAAUAUCAGAGAAGAUGUUCAGUGGAAACACAGAUGGGUCCAGAAUCAAAAGCAACUUCAUUUCCCCUCCAAUGCUGGGCCGCUACAUACGGGUUAACCCCAUAGCAUAUAGAAUCCGCCCCACUCUUCGCAUGGAGCUCUACGGAUGCGACUUGAACAGUUGCUCAAUGCCCAUGGGAAUGGAAAAGAUGGUCAUUCCAAAUCACAGCAUCAGUGCAUCUUCCUUCUUUCAGAAAUUAUUCUUGUCCUGGAGCCCUUCUCUUGCCCGCUUGAACUUCGAAGGCUCUGCCAAUGCUUGGAGACCAAAGACAAAUAACCCCUAUGAAUGGAUCCAGGUGGAUUUUAAGGAGGUGAAGAGAAUCACAGGGGUCAUCACCCAGGGUGCACGGUCUUUUCUUACCCAUAUGAUGGUUACGGAGUUCACUGUGUCAUUUAGCAACAACGGUCAUGUCUGGUCCAGCCUACAGGAUGAAUCCGCCAAAAGAGAAAAGGUCUUCCACGGAAACAAUAAAUAUGACGAAGAAGUUCUGAACAUAUUUGAACCACCGCUGUUCACCAGAUACAUCCGCAUCCAUCCUAAAGGCUGGUAUAAUGAUAUUGCCUUGCGUCUGGAGUUCUUGGGUUGUGACACACAACAGUGACUCUAAAUCUCUUCAGAAACUAACUGAAGCCUGCAACUGUAUAACAUGACAGAAGCAAUGAACAUUGACUGAUGCAUAAACAUAAUACCUUCUUCACUAUGGAAAUGGUUUAAAAAGCAGUGAGGAAAAUGUAUUAAAAAAUAUGUAUAUAUUUACAUUUGUUCAUAACUAUUUUUAAAAUGCAUCACUGCCACAAUGCAUUAUUUUAAUCUUACAAAGCUGAUGCCUUUGUCCAAGGUGACUUACUGGAAUACACUGUCUAAAGUAGUCAUUUCAACCACCAAACCCAUAUGAAUUGUACAAUUUACCAAUAACUACUACUAGAAAUGUGUAUUUUAAAGAAAAAACUAUGCACUGUAAAAAUAAGAGUUGUAUUUUGGGAAUUUUGUAUGCUGUUACUGAAAUCUACAGGAUAUUACUAAAGGAUACUUCAGCUCUUCAUUUCUGUUGAAUGAAAUUACUAAAAUUAAUGUGUGAGUGACACAGCAACAGAACAUGUAAAGAAAUUAU